AAAACUAAAUAAACAAUGCUCUUGUGCCUAACACUAGAACACCUGGAGAUCUGUUUCCUUCCCAUCCGUCGCCCUCGACGAGUUUUAUCCGGCACAUCGAUCGAGCAGCGGCGACGUCGACAGCAGAGCGUGCGGGAUGGGAAAUCUGUCGGUGGCGUUCGAUUCCAAAUCUGGUCAGUUGAUCUUGAUCGCGCUCCUCCUCAUGGUCGCUUCCUUCUACGCCGGCACCCUCUUCUCCGCCACCUCCUCAUCCUCCGCCGCCGUCCUCCGCUCCAGCACUCUCCCUUCCGGUCGUUCUUCGUCCGAUCCUCCUUCACGAGACGAAACGGGGUUCCCGAACCGAGUCGUUCUCACUUACAGAACCAAGUCGAUUUCGAUCCCACCGACAGGAGUCAAUGUCUGCCCUGUUGAGUACAAUGAGCACGUUCCUUGUCACGAUGCAAAUUACACGCUAAGUUUGAUCCGAAGUUCGAAAAUUUCGAAGAAAGAAGAGCUCGAGAACCAUUGUCCACCGGCGGGGAGCAGAUUGUUUUGCUUGGUGCCCCCGCCGGCUGACUACAAGAUACCCAUAAGGUGGCCUACCAGCAGUGACUAUGUGUGGCGUAGCAACGUGAAUCAUUCGCGCCUCGCAGAGGUAAAAGGGGGACAGAAUUGGGUGCAUGCGAAGGGGAAACUGUGGUGGUUUCCCGGAGGAGGUACCCACUUCAAGCAUGGGGCGGCCGAGUAUAUUCAGAGGCUGGGAAACAUGACAACUAAUGAAACAGGUGACCUUCGUACAGCUGGAGUUGUUCAAGUCUUGGAUGUUGGUUGUGGGGUUGCCAGCUUCUCAGCUUAUCUGCUUCCGUUAGACAUCCACACUAUGUCAUUUGCUCCAAAAGAUGGGCACGAGAAUCAGAUUCAGUUUGCUCUAGAGAGAGGGAUUGGGGCGAUGAUAGCAGUGUUGGCUACAAAACAAUUACCAUUUCCUAGCAACUCAUUUGAGAUGGCUCAUUGUUCAAGAUGCCGUGUUGAUUGGCAUGAAGAUGAUGGCAUACUGCUCAAAGAGGUUGAUCGUUUAUUACGCCCAAACGGUUAUUUUGUCUAUUCUGCUCCACCUGCAUAUAGGAAAGACAAAGAUUUUCCGACGAUUUGGAAAAAGCUGUCCAAUCUGACUUCUGCAAUGUGCUGGAAACUCAUUGCUCAACAAGUCCAGACUGCUAUAUGGGUCAAACCAGAAGAUGAUUUAUGCCGACAGCAAAAUGCAGAGAGGAAGCUGUUAACUUUGUGUGAACCAGAAGAGGAUCCUGUUCCUUCAUGGAGAAGUCCAUUAAGGAACUGCCUUAGAUUAAAUCCUGACCAACCAUACUUUCAAAAGCUCCCUCCUAGACCUGAACGCCUUUCAGUAUAUUCAAGAAGUCUGGAAAAGAUAGGGGUGACUCCGGAGAAAUUUGACAAGCAUAAUAGAUUUUGGCGAGAACAAGUUAGUGAAUAUUGGAAGUUGAUUGGUGUCAACCUGACUGAAAUACGAAAUGUCAUGGACAUGAAUGCUUAUUAUGGAGGAUUUUCGGUGGCAUUAAGUGCCUUGCCUAUGUGGGUGAUGAAUAUUGUUCCGGCUACCAUGAGUAACACAUUAUCUGCCAUUUAUGACCGUGGGUUAAUUGGUGCUUAUCAUGAUUGGUGUGUCCCAUUCUCAACAUACCCACGCUCAUAUGAUCUGCUCCACACUUUUCAUCUUUUUUCUCAUUACAAAGACCAUGUGGAAGGUUGUGGUAUAGAAGAUAUCAUGCUAGAGAUGGAUCGCAUGAUCCGUCCUCAGGGCUUUAUUAUAAUCAGAGAUGAGGAGUCUAUUGUGUCCACAGUCCGAAAUCUCGCACCCAAGUUCCUUUGGGACUUCACAUUGCACAUGUUAGAAAAUGAGGAAAAGAAGAUGGAGCCUGUGCUAGUUUGCCGGAAGAAAUUUUGGGCUAUCAUUUGAGAAGGAUGCAGUAUCUCUGGAUCACUCGAAUACACUGGUGAAGUCCACUUCACUCAAUGUUCUGGACAAUCGAACUUGGAUAAAUUCCAAGAUGCAGUGCAUAAGGAAGUUCCACAUAACAUCAUGUGGAAGAAGUUUUGCCAUUACUGUGACAAAAGAAAGUUGAAACGGACUACCAACUAGUUUAUGUGCAAGUUUAGUCAUGGCUCAUAUUCUAGCUUUAAUUGUUUUGUCAAGCAUGGUCUCACAUGGCUGUAUCAUUUUAAUUGAUCAAUUCAAUCUACCUCCUUUCUCUU